AUGAUGACAUGCAUCAUCCUCCAUAACAUGAUUGUGGAGGAUAAGUAUGAUUACGAUGCUGCAGAUGUGUACGAACCGAAUCCCAUGAACACGGCCUUGACAAGAAUUUAUGAAAAACCUAUGGGGCCAAAUAGAGAACCAGUGCAACAUGAACCAUUGGUUAGGGACAGUCGUUUCAUGACCCGUAUGAUUGAUCGAUACACGGAGAUGCAAUUGUCUUAUAUUCAUGGACGACAUCAAGUUGACUUGAUAGAGCAUUUAUGGGCGGUGAAAGGCAAUGACGGUGAAUGA